AUAACUAAAUUCAGUUCCAAAUUCAUUUUGUUUGCGGGCAGUCGAAACAUUUAAAAUGUGCAGAAUAAAAUUUAACGGAGUUUUCUUACUGAUGGUCCUUCAAAUAUUCUUGGUGGCUACAACAACUGGAGAUGAAACGUAUGAAUCAGACCAAAAAACUGUAAAGCCUUUGCUUGAUAUUAUUAGACAGGUCAGAAAUGAGUUAGAACAAAGUGAAACUAAGGAAAAGCAGAUAAGUGAAUUAAAUGCUGAUCUUAUGGAAAAAUGGAGGCAAAUCUAUUAAAUGAGUACAAAAACAAAGUAAUCAAAGGGGAAAACGAUUUGCAAUUGUGUCAAAAUAAAGUUGAUAAAUCUGAUUUUGAAAUUAAUUCACAACAUAAUAUUAUUCUUAAAUUAAAAGAACAACUAACAGAUAAAUCCACAUACUUAGAAAAUUGUCAAGUUCAAUUAAAAUCUCUUAAUUCUAAAUUAAUUGAAAAAGAUGAAAAUAUAAAGAGAUUGAGUGAGAAUAUUAAAAAUAACACAGAACAUCAGAAAACACUUGAAUUGGAAUUAGAGAAGAGUAAAUCUAUAGUAAUAAAGCAUGAACAUGAUAUUCAGUUAUGUCGUUCAGAAAUCAACAAAUUAAAUAGGACAUCAGAGAACAUUAGAGAAGAACAGAAAAAUAUUCAAUUGAAAUUAAAAGAUGCUGAAACUAAGCUAAUAGAUAAAGUAAAGGAAAAUCAGUUAUGUCAAUCUGCACUUCAUAAAUUAAGUCCCACAACAUGUCUCCCUUUCGGAGAUUAUUCAGGAGUUAAUCAACUCAACGUCUCUGGCAUAGGUUUAUUCGAUGUUUUGUGCGAUAGUCAGUUAGCUGGACCUGGAUGGAUUGUAAUACAACAACGAGUUGGGGGAAAUGAGAAUUUCAAUAGGGAUUGGGCAACGUAUCGCAAAGGUUUCGGUUCUUUUGAAAGUGAUUUCUUUCUUGGAUUAGAGAAAUUACAUCGUAUCACGAGCUUGCAGCAUUUCGAACUUUACAUACAUUUGGUUGAUGAGAAUGACAAUACCUUCAAUGCUCGUUAUGACGGCUUCAAAAUAUCUGAUGAAGAUAAUGGAUAUGCACUGAGUUUGGGAAAUUUAAUUUCAACUCCUUUUGGGGAUGGCAUGAGAAACACUGAAAACAUGAAAUUCUCAACAUUCGAUCACGACAACGACAACGAUGAUGAUGAUAAUUGUGCAAUCAUAUAUGAAAGUGGCUGGUGGUACAAUUAUUGUAAUACUUGUCAUUUAAAUGCACAAUAUGGGCCAGAUCUAUGUUGGUGGGACGAUUAUAACAAUUAUAUUUUAUUUAAAGAAGUUAAGAUGCUAAUUCGUCCCAAAGAAGAUGAAGAAGUGAUAAACUGAAAAGCUGAAAUUCCCAUAUUUGACUCAAUUAUAUAAUCAUUUAUAUACUUGUAUAAUUGGUGCAUUAAGAAAUUGCGUUCUGAAAAAUAAAACGAUCGACUAUUUCAUGCAGCUAUUUAUUU